AUGUCACUGAACAAUUCUUCCAACGUAUUUCUGGACUCAGCGCCCAGUAAUACCAAUCGCUUUCAAGUUAAUGUCAUAAAUGAGGGCCUUGAGAGCAGUGCGGCAGCGGAUAACAGCGACCCUCCACAUUAUGAGGAAACCUCUUUUGGGGAUGAAGCCCAGACCAGAUUCAGAAUCAGCUUUAGGCCUGGGAAACAGGAGUGCUAUGACAAUUUCCUCCAAAAUGGAGAAACUACUAAGACAGAUGCUAGUUUUCAUGUUUAUGAUUCUCACACAAACACAUACUACCUACAAACCUUUGGCCACAACACCAUGGAUGCUGUCCCCAAGAUCGAGUACUAUCGCAACACCGGCAGCCUCAGUGGGCCCAAGGCCAAUCGACCCAGCCUGCUUGAAAUUCACGAGCAACUUGCAAAGAAUGUGGCAGUGGCCCCAGGUUCAACUGACAGGGUUGCUAACGGUGAUGGGAUGCCUGGAGAUGAACAAGAUGAAAACAAAGAAGAAGAUGAUAAAUCCGGUGCUGUGAAGUUUGGAUGGGUGAAAGGUGUGCUGGUAAGGUGCAUGCUGAACAUCUGGGGUGUCAUGCUCUUCAUUCGCCUCUCCUGGAUUGUUGGAGAAGCUGGAAUCGGUCUUGGAGUCAUCAUCAUUGGCCUGAGUGUGGUAGUGACAACACUCACAGGUAUUUCUAUGUCUGCCAUUUGCACAAAUGGAGUAGUAAGAGGAGGUGGGGCCUACUAUCUCAUCUCCAGGAGCUUAGGGCCAGAGUUCGGUGGGUCUAUAGGCUUGAUCUUUGCUUUUGCCAACGCAGUGGCUGUUGCUAUGUAUGUGGUGGGAUUUGCUGAGACUGUGGUAGACCUUCUUAAGGAGAGUGAUUCAAUGAUGGUGGAUCCAACCAAUGAUAUCCGGAUCAUAGGCUCAAUCACAGUGGUGAUUCUUUUAGGAAUUUCAGUAGCUGGAAUGGAAUGGGAAGCAAAGGCUCAAGUGAUCCUUCUGAUCAUUCUUCUUAUUGCUAUUGCAAACUUCUUCAUUGGAACAGUCAUCCCAUCCAACAAUGAGAAGAAGUCCAGAGGUUUCUUUAACUACCAAGCAUCAAUAUUUGCAGAAAACUUUGGGCCAAGCUUCACAAAAGGAGAAGGUUUCUUCUCUGUCUUUGCCAUUUUUUUCCCAGCAGCCACUGGGAUUCUUGCAGGUGCCAAUAUCUCAGGAGACUUGGAGGAUCCCCAAGAUGCCAUCCCCAGAGGAACCAUGCUGGCCAUUUUCAUCACCACCGUCGCCUACAUAGGAGUUGCUAUUUGUGUAGGGGCCUGUGUGGUCCGAGAUGCCACUGGGAACAUGAAUGACACCAUCAUUUCUGGGAUGAACUGCAAUGGUUCAGCGGCCUGUGGGCUGGGCUAUGACUUCUCAAGAUGUCAACAUGAACCAUGUCAGUAUGGGCUGAUGAACAAUUUCCAGGUCAUGAGCAUGGUGUCGGGGUUCGGCCCCCUCAUCACGGCUGGCAUCUUUUCUGCAACGCUCUCCUCGGCCCUGGCCUCCCUUGUCAGCGCUCCCAAAGUGUUCCAGGCUCUAUGCAAGGACAACAUCUACAAAGCCCUGCAGUUCUUCGCAAAAGGAUAUGGGAAAAACAACGAGCCGCUGCGAGGAUACAUCCUCACUUUCGUGAUAGCCAUGGCGUUCAUCCUUAUUGCGGAACUGAACACCAUUGCGCCCAUCAUCUCCAACUUUUUCCUGGCCUCAUAUGCACUUAUUAAUUUCUCCUGCUUCCAUGCCUCUUAUGCCAAAUCCCCCGGAUGGAGACCUGCAUAUGGGAUUUACAACAUGUGGGUAUCUCUUUUUGGAGCUGUUUUGUGCUGUGCAGUCAUGUUUGUCAUCAACUGGUGGGCAGCUGUUAUCACCUACAUCAUUGAGUUCUUCCUCUACAUCUAUGUGACCUAUAAGAAGCCAGAUGUGAACUGGGGCUCCUCCACACAGGCUCUUUCCUACGUGAGUGCUUUGGACAAUGCUCUGGAAUUAACCACAGUGGAAGACCAUGUGAAAAAUUUCAGGCCCCAGUGCAUUGUCCUAACAGGGGGACCCAUGACAAGACCCGCUCUCUUAGACAUAACUCACGCCUUCACCAAGAACAGUGGCCUUUGCAUCUGCUGUGAAGUCUUUGUGGGACCGCGCAAGCUGUGUGUUAAAGAGAUGAACAGUGGCAUGGCGAAAAAGCAGGCCUGGCUUAUAAAGAACAAAAUCAAGGCAUUUUAUGCGGCAGUGGCUGCAGAUUGUUUCAGGGAUGGUGUCCGAAGUCUCCUUCAGGCCUCAGGCUUAGGAAGAAUGAAACCAAACACUCUGGUGAUUGGCUAUAAAAGAAACUGGAGAAAAGCUCAGUUAACAGAGAUUGAAAACUACGUGGGAAUCAUACACGAUGCGUUUGACUUUGAGAUUGGUGUGGUCAUAGUCAGAAUCAGCCAAGGCUUUGACAUCUCUCAGGUUCUUCAGGUACAAGAUGAGCUGGAGAAAUUAGAGCAGGAGAGGCUGGCUUUGGAAGCCACCAUCAAAGACAAUGAAAGUGAAGAAGGAGGUGGAGGCAUCCGAGGCUUGUUCAAAAAAGCUGGCAAGUUGAACAUUACUAAGCCAACCUCUAAGAAAGACAGCAGCAUUAACACCAUCCAGUCCAUGCACGUGGGGGAGUUCAACCAGAAGCUGGUGGAAGCCAGCACCCAAUUUAAGAAGAAGCAAGGAAAGGGCACAAUUGAUGUUUGGUGGCUGUUUGAUGAUGGAGGGCUAACACUCCUUAUCCCCUAUAUCUUGACUCUCAGAAAAAAAUGGAAAGACUGUAAAUUAAGAAUCUAUGUCGGAGGAAAGGUUAACCGCAUUGAAGAAGAAAAAAUUGCAAUGGCUUCCCUUCUGAGCAAAUUUAGGAUAAAAUUUGCAGAGAUCCAUAUUAUUGGUGACAUCAACAUGAAGCCAAACAAAGAAAGCUGGAAAGUCUUUGAAGAGAUGAUAGAACCAUACCGUCUCCAUGAAAGCUGCAAAGAUUUAACAACUGCUGAGAAAUUAAAGAGAGAAACUCCAUGGAAAAUCACAGAUACAGAACUGGAAGCAAUCAAGGAAAAGAGUUACCGCCAAGUUCGACUGAAUGAACUCUUACAGGAGCACUCGAGAGCUGCUAACCUCAUAGUCCUGAGCCUUCCGGUGGCAAGAAAAGGAUCUAUAUCAGAUUGGCUGUACAUGGCUUGGUUGGAAAUCCUCACGAAGAACCUCCCUCCUGUCUUACUAGUCAGAGGAAACCACAAAAAUGUCCUGACAUUUUACUCUUAAAACAUGAAAAAUUAGAACACAUUUUUACUUAAUGCAUGGAUAAUUAAA